AUGGCUUCUCAAACCAACUCCAGCAUCGCACUGGCACUUGCUGGCAAGACCGCCUCUGUCGAUAUCCCUCAGCCCCGUAUGAACGCCGGCAAGCCCGCUGGUCGUCCUGGCCAACCUGCCAUGCUGCCGACGCCACCCAACUCCAUUUCGCCUACUCUCCCGCCUCAAGCCUUCAAACAGCGUCAGAUCCUGUCGCCCGGCUCGCCGCUGUCCACGGUGCCGCAGCUGGACUCCGAUAUCGACCUGGCGGACGAUGUCGACGCACACAGCCUGAACCAGCCUCAGUCCUCCGCGCACGCGCUUGAGCUUGACAGCGACAGCGCCGGCGCUAUCACUCCUGCCAUGCUAGCAAAGCACCACCUGCCUGAUAUCCUUCUUCAGCAGGGCCCGCUGGCUAUCCGCCACGUCAUGGGCUUCCUGACGACCUCGGUGCCGGGCUUCUCGCGCAUCCCACCCGCUAAGGCGCGUCGGCUCGUCGUGGCCGCGCUGGAGGGCCGAGGGAACGGAGGAGCAGGAGGUGUGGACGGCGACGUGGUUUUCGAGAAGAUCGGCUGGGGACGAUGGGAUGCGCGACGACACGGAGACUCGGCGCGCGAGCACUCAUUCAACGCGUCGUCGCCUCCCUCUAGCCUGACGGGCUCCUUCCAGCAGCGCGGUCUGCAGAUCGACGGCCACUCGGGUUGGGCCAGGGGUCGCGAUCCGUACGCGAGCAGCGUGCGCGACUCGAUCGCUUUCUCGUACACCGCUGAGGAAUUCGGCGCUCACGAGGACCUGGACAUGCUCGAACACGAGGCCGAUAAGAUGUCGCUCGACGGCGACGACGACCGCGAGUACUGCUCUUCCUCCGAGGCGCCGGACGACCUCCAGGACGACGAGUGGGACGAAGGCGACGUGACCGACGAAGAAGACUGGGCGCAGAUCGGUGCCGAUGCCCUGCGCGCGCGCUCACUCAACAACACCGGUGGUAUUAUGCGCAGUAGCAACGUUGCGGCUCGCGCUCAGCCUUUGUUUGGUGUCGGCAACGGACCCACUGUAGCCAAAUCGGCGCCCCGCACCUUUGACAAUCAGGAACGGGCUGCGGUAGAGGCGCUUCUCCGUUUGGGCUCGAUGUAA